AUGGCCGGCGAGAAAAAGCAACAAAUCACCUUCGAAGAGUACCUCGGGGUCACGGAGGCAGCAUUUGAAUGGGCCGACAGCUACGACUCCAAGGACUGGGAUCGCCUGAGGAAGUGCAUCGCUCCCACCCUCCGGAUUGACUACCGCUCGUUCCUCAACAAGCUGUGGGAGGCGAUGCCGGCCGAGGAGUUCAUCGCCAUGAUCUCGGACAAGUCGGUGCUGGGCAACCCGCUGCUGCGGACGCAGCACUUCAUCGGCGGGGCGAGCAAGUGGGAGAAGGUGUCGGACACGGAAAUUACCGGAUACCACCAGCUGCGGGUGCCGCACCAGGUCUACACGGACGCGAGCCUGGAGAAGGUGGCCGUCAAGGGCCACGCCCACAGCCACAACACGCACUAUUACCGAAAGAUCGACGGCGUGUGGAAGUUUGCCGGGCUCAACCCUAACAUCCGCUGGUUCGAGUACGACUUUGACAAGGUCUUUGCAAGCGGCCGCGACAGCUUUGGCGAG